CUUGUAAGUCUUGCGAUCUCAAGACAUGCCCAAGGACACCAGGACCGAAAACUUAUGAUGAACACAAUUGUGGUGCAGGAGAGCGGCGAGCGGAUCGCCGACAUCGGCCGAUAUAUAUCGAUGAACGAUAAACUGAAGCCCAAUCAAAGCAACACCUACAAUCGACACUCGAAGCUGGCGGCGUCCGAAUCGGAACUGGGAUCUGGAUCUGGAUCGGGUUCGGGAUCUGGAUCGGGAACUGGAGCUGGAGCUGGAUGUGGACCAGCUUUUCGCUGGCAAUUAUUGUUACUCUUACUGCUUUGCAAUUGCAUUGAUUAUACCGUUUCAAACAAAAUCUCCUCAGUGGGCGCCUUCGAGCCGGACUUUGUGAUUCCAUUGGAGAACGUGACCAUUGCCCAGGGUCGGGACGCGACCUUUACGUGUGUGGUAAACAACCUAGGGGGUCAUCGGGUGAGUGGUGACGGUGCGUCAGCCCCAGCCAAGGUCGCCUGGAUUAAGGCCGAUGCCAAGGCAAUUCUGGCCAUACACGAGCACGUGAUAACCAACAAUGAUCGAUUAUCGGUGACGCACAACGACUACAACACAUGGACACUGAACAUACGCAGCGUCAAAAUGGAGGAUUCCGGCAAAUACAUGUGUCAGGUCAACACGGAUCCCAUGAAGAUGCAGACAGCCACCUUGGAGGUGGUAAUCCCACCGGAUAUCAUCAAUGAAGAGACCUCCGGGGACAUGAUGGUGCCGGAGGGCGGCUCCGCCAAAUUGGUAUGCCGGGCCCGAGGUCACCCCAAGCCCAAGAUCACCUGGCGGCGAGAGGAUGGCCGGGAGAUUAUUGCCCGCAACGGCGUCCAUCAGAAAACAAAAGCCCAAGCCGUGGAGGGGGAAAUGCUGACGCUGUCAAAGGUCACGCGAUCGGAAAUGGGCGCCUACAUGUGCAUCGCCUCGAACGGAGUGCCGCCCACGGUGAGCAAACGGAUGAAGCUACAGGUGCACUUUCAUCCGCUCGUCCAAGUGCCAAAUCAAUUGGUCGGCGCCCCAGUCCUCACGGAUGUCACAUUAAUUUGCAAUGUCGAGGCAUCGCCGAAGGCCAUCAAUUAUUGGCAGCGCGAAAAUGGUGAAAUGAUUAUUGCCGGCGAUCGUUACGCGCUCACCGAAAAGGAGAACAACAUGUACGCCAUAGAGAUGAUUCUGCACAUCAAGCGACUCCAGUCGAGCGACUUUGGGGGUUACAAGUGCAUCUCCAAGAACAGUAUUGGCGACACCGAGGGCACCAUACGGCUAUACGAAAUGGAGCGUCCUGGCAAAAAACAUUCCCGCUUAGACGAAGAUGCCAACGAAGUUACGAAGCAUGAAGUCGUGAUGAAGGACAACCGGCACGAGGACGGGUCACGCAACACGAACGGAAGGCUGUACAAGGACCGCAACCAGGAGCAGGACAUGCCCAAUAGCGGAGAUUCCGGGCCCAGGACCCAGGCCCAGGGGACAAUGCGCCUAAUCGGGACAUUUGUAUUAGCCCUGUUGGUGUUAUUAACGGCCACGGCGGAAGCCCAAACAACAACAGCAGAAAAGACAACAAUGAUGUCCUGCGACGGCAAUGCUGAGGUGGGGGUGGCCCAAAGAAAUCCGGACACAAAGGUGACAGCGGCAAGGACACUGGAGGUGGACGCCGCAAGGACCUGGGAUAGAUCAACGAGUUGGCAGCAGCGGGUGGGGGCGGCGGAGUAAGAUUAUUAUAGCUUAAUUCAAUUGUAAUUACACAAACAAGAUUAUGAUGCAAUGGAGAAGCGCCCCCUGCUCCCGCAUCCGCUCCUGCUCCUGCUCCUGGCCCUUUCCCGCCAUCCCGGAAGCUCCGAACAUUAAUCAAAGGGGAGGAUGAUAAAGCUAAUCAUCAUCCCCCCUCGCCCCGCCAUUGGCUAAUUGAAGGGCGAGGUGGGGGGACGAGAGGAGUCGGGACUUAAUUGAAUGCAUAUUAAAUCAAAAAGGAUGCUGAGAAACUAAAGUGUCGUAGUUAAAUGGAAAAGAAAACGCGUUUAAAUGUUACCUCGUUAGUGGAAAAUAAAAAAAAAAUGAAGAAAACUUAC